AUGCAGCCUAUACAUCAGUCCAAAGUCCUUCAAGACAUUACUGAUGGAGACUUCCUCAGCCAACAGCUGUUGCGCCAAGAGGACAGUGAGACACCGACCAUCUCCCUUCUCUUUUAUUCAGAUGAACUUGAGCUGAGCAAUGCUCUGGGUGCUGCAGCAGGGUCUCACAAGAUCCUUGUGGUCUACUUCUCGGACUUGAAUUAUCUCCAUGAGCGUGGCGUGCAUGCACAAUGGAAGCACUUCAAUGUGGUGACAGUAGCAUUCACCGGGGACAACCUUUCUAUGCACAAGAUGGCUGGCCUCCAGUGCUGCUUUAAUAGCGGCCGCAUAUGUCGUUUCUGCCUUGUUCGCUACGGGCAUCUGCAGAAGUUUUUCUCCGAGGCAGAUUGUACGAUGAGAACACGCGCAGGACAUGAAAGCCACCUGAAAGCAUUCUCUUUGAAUCCAGCCCAAAAUGGCCCAUUGUAUGGCAUCUCUGCCAUUCCUCCUCUCCAGAGCAUCGCAGAGUUUGACAUUACAUCACAACUCCCCCCGGAUGCAAUGCAUGAUAUCUUGGAAGGGGGAAUGGGCGUUGUCAUGCAGCGUGACCUGCAUGGUCUAGUAGAAGAUGGCACACUUCAAAAGUCCGACGUGAACAAGGUGAAAAGCUUCACUUAUGGAUUUCACGACAAGAAGGCUGCCCCUGUUGCACCUAAAGGGAAGUUUCUGCAAGGAAAAACUGACCUGCGUGGCGCAGCAAGCCAAAAGUGGUGCUUAUUCAGGCUUCUCCCGCAGAUCUCUGGAGAUUCUGUGCCUUCCUAUAACCCACAUUGGUUAGUCGACGUGGCCUACAGACAUUGCAUCGACAUUAUCCUAGCAGAGAGGAUUCCACGAGACUGCAUUUCCUAUCUCCAGCUCAAGAUCCAAGAGUUUCUGGAAGCAUUCACAUUGCUGUAUCUAUCUGCACCAGUGACAGCAAAGUUGCACUACUUGCUCCAUUACCCAGGCUUCAUACAGAGGUUUGGCCCACCACGUCGGUACUGGGGAAUGCGCUUCGAGGCUAAACAUGCCUACUUCAAGACUAUUGCUUUGAAUGUGUGA